AUGAGAGAAAUAAUAAGCAUACAUAUUGGUCAAGCAGGGAUCCAAGUGGGUAAUUCAUGUUGGGAGCUUUAUUGCCUUGAACAUGGCAUCCAACCCGAUGGCAUGAUGCCUAGCGACACAUCAGUGGGUUAUGCACAUGAUGCAUUCAACACCUUCUUUAGCGAGACAGGGUCGGGGAAGCAUGUACCCAGGGCUAUAUUCGUUGAUCUUGAACCGACUGUGAUUGACGAAGUGAGGACAGGAACUUAUCGCCAGCUUUUCCACCCAGAGCAACUCAUAUCUGGAAAGGAAGAUGCUGCUAAUAAUUUCGCCAGAGGCCACUACACAAUCGGGAAAGAGAUUGUUGAUCUGUGCUUGGACAGAGUGAGGAAGUUGGCUGAUAACUGCACGGGUUUGCAAGGGUUUUUGGUGUUCAAUGCUGUUGGUGGUGGAACAGGAUCUGGAUUGGGUUCACUGCUGUUGGAACGCUUGUCUGUGGACUACGGGAAAAAAUCAAAGCUCGGAUUCACCAUCUAUCCUUCUCCUCAAGUUUCAACUGCUGUUGUGGAGCCUUACAACAGUGUUCUCUCAACUCAUUCCCUUCUUGAACAUACAGACGUGGCUGUGCUCUUGGACAAUGAAGCCAUUUAUGAUAUCUGUCGGCGGUCUCUAGAUAUUGAGCGGCCGACAUACACAAAUUUGAAUCGUUUGAUUUCUCAAGUCAUAUCAUCCCUGACUACUUCUUUACGGUUUGAUGGAGCCAUUAACGUGGACGUUACGGAGUUCCAAACCAACCUUGUACCAUAUCCUCGUAUUCAUUUCAUGCUCUCGUCAUAUGCCCCAGUUAUCUCAGCGGAGAAAGCAUACCAUGAGCAGUUAUCAGUCCCCGAGAUUACAAACGCAGUGUUUGAGCCCUCGAGCAUGAUGGCAAAAUGUGACCCAAGACACGGGAAAUACAUGGCUUGCUGUUUGAUGUACCGUGGAGAUGUUGUUCCCAAGGAUGUCAAUGCUGCUGUUGCUACCAUCAAAACUAAACGAACUGUUCAGUUUGUUGACUGGUGCCCUACUGGCUUCAAGUGUGGUAUUAACUAUCAACCUCCAGCAGUUGUACCCGGGGGUGAUCUUGCCAAGGUGCAGCGAGCCGUGUGCAUGAUUAGCAACAACACAGCAGUGGCUGAAGUGUUUUCACGGAUAGAUUACAAAUUCGAUCUCAUGUACGCAAAGAGAGCAUUUGUUCAUUGGUACGUUGGUGAAGGAAUGGAGGAAGGUGAAUUCAGUGAAGCUCGUGAGGAUUUAGCUGCUCUCGAGAAAGACUAUGAAGAAGUUGCUGCUGAGGGUCUUGAAUAA